AUGACAGCAGUCAAUCUCCACAUGUCUAGUAUGCCGCCUCUCGAUUUUCUCCCAGCUCAUCCCCAGCAUUCAAGAUCCAACUCGGUCUCCUCCUCUUCUACCCAUUCUUCCCAUUCUCGCCCACAGUCCUCUCACGGCAGCAUCAAUCGGAUCCAGCAGAACUUGGGUCCAUCCGCAGACGACCUCUACAGAGCAUCUUAUCAUCUGGGGCAUCAGGGCAUCAUGCACAGCGAUCCCCCCCCUCCGAACCACAAUCUCGCGAAUCCGGCGCUCAAGGGUCCCCUUCGUCCAAACAACAAUCAUAUUCGCGGUGCUCGUGUCGCUGUCUCUCCCUAUCCCCGCGAUACAGACAGCGUACACUCUUCGUCGAGCGAGACCGAGGACAUCUCCAUGUAUCUUGCAAACUCUACCCCUGACUAUCAGUCCAUGUUUGGAGGUGCCCCAACAAUGGCACCCAGCCAGGAGGCCAUUCAUACCGCAGGUGCCUUUGGUAGGAUGACCAUCAACCCGGACCAUGCCCUGGAAAAACUCGCCGCCAACGUCCGCGCAGCGACCACCACAAGUGCUUCAGACAGAGCCAAACAAAUUUUCGUCCAAGCUUGGUUGAGUGCGAAUUACGCACCAUAUCCUGAUGGCAAUGUACCUCGGCAGGGCCUCUACUUUUCUUAUCGCAGGGUCUGUGACCAGUAUGGUAUCCCCCACAUCAACACCGCUACUUUGGGCAAGGCCAUUCGCCUUUGUUUCCCGACUAUUAAAACUAGGCGCCUGGGCGUCAGAGGCAAUAGCAAGUAUCAUUAUUGCGGCAUCAGACCCGCAACCUCGGCCGAGGCUGAGUGGCUUCAAGACUAUAUUCACAAAUCAAAUAAUAAUGCGGCCCAAGCUUCUGUCAAUGCUGCUCGCCUCAGUCAGGACCAGUCCGAGUCUGCUACUAGGAGUGAGGAUAGGUCUGACGAAGAUGAAGAGGACGAUUCCGAGGGCAAUAACUCUGUCCCUGGCUCCAAGCGUAGCUCUCUCACUCUAUCAGGGGAGAUCAAGCAUUUGGCCUUCGCAGAUGAUUUGAGCGACAAGACCCCGACAGCCGCUACUUUGUUAUCCCAGGCGCAGUCGGCGGGGCGCCCAUCCGGCACCUUCCCUCCCCACGCUUCUAUUCGUCGUCACCCCCAACAGGAGCCAAACCUCACACUUCAGGCCCACUCUCCGUCGACCCCUAAUUCAGGAGCAUAUAUUUCUCCUCAACAAACGACCUCGGUGCGCAACUUACCCCACUUCCCAUCUAUUGAGGAUGCAGUCGCAAAUUCCACUUCUGCACACACUGUAGCUGCUCGAGAAGUCUGGGGAUGGUUCCAGGACCAUCUCGACACGCUCCUUGAAAGUGUGCGAACAUUCCGAAUAGACCAAUUUGAAAUUCAGCUUCGCACCUUUUGGCCAAACUUGAAUGGCGUGCACAGGGAAAUUGUACAGGUUCCGGCCAUCGCUGGUCUUAUGGCAAGAGCAGAUGCUAUCGUUUAUGAUGAAAUUCUCGAGGUGUUACGAUCACAGAUGCUUUCACCGCUGCCUCCUAAUUCACUAUCUGCUCUUCGUCAAAUCGCUCUCAAGAUGGAAAAGGUUCUCCUCCAGGCGUUGGAAGGAUAUUAUAACACUUUCGUGGAGCCAAAGGUUGAACUCGGGGCUCGGUUUGGACAUCUCGUUUUGCGCUUCCUGGAUAUCUACCAGGUUACUCAGGCUUUGAACACUGUUCUCACCAAUCAAAAGCAGCUGAGCGAAAUGCGCAGAUCAUGGCAAAAGGUUGACUUUGAAUCUGUUCGUAAUCAAUCUGCAUUGGUCUGCAAUUGUCGCCAUGAAGAUCUUGUUCAACUCCUCGAAGUCGAAUUCGUCACUCUGUUGGAAAGCCUACCAAAAACCAACGAGCCUGUACGCGAAGUGAUGAGUUGGGCUGACAAAUGUUGCGAAAGGUUGAUGGGAAGCGGCCGCAACGCUGGUCAUAACGGACAGGAAGAAAGAGGAACCAUGAGUUCUCGAAGUGUUCUCAUCAGAUGGGGAUAUGUUACAAGUCAAGUAAUGAGAGACCUUACAAUUCGCAGUGAUCCUGCUUUCGGUGCAUUCCAGAUACUGAAACUCUUCCUCGACGACUGGAUCGCGGUUAAUGUUUUGAGAAGUGUGGCCUUGUCCACUAAUUCAGUGGCCGCUUCGGUGGAGCCGGUCAUGCAACAACAAUUUUUCUCUAUGUCACCAAUGGCCGGACAGGAAAGCUUCGGGUCAGUGGAUGCUCGGCCUCAGCAUCUGAUGGCCCACACACCGACCACGUCAAGCAUGCUCGCUGCCCUUCAGCACGAUUCAUAUGGGUCAACCUCCCUUGAUUCAGCUGCAUCAGCCUUUAAUUCAGAUGCUUACGGACCCAUGUCGUACAUGGACACCUCGGCUGCUCAAGAUGACGCCCUCGGCUCUGGUCACCAAUCCAGCUUGUCUUUUCCUGAUUUCAGUGGUUCCGGGAGUACAUUCGAUGUUUCAAGUUUCACCUCUCAGGAUCUCGGACUAAACGCUCCUGUAACACCAGCCAGUGAAUCUGACCAUGAAUCAGAGCCGGUAAAAACAGAACAAUCUGCUGCGUGA